CAUCAUUCGCCCGUCGCCUCCAUCUUUUCCACUUCGUUGUUAGAUCGCGGACUUGCACGGUCAAUCAAUGUUGUAAUGAGAAUGCGGUCCUCGAUGUCGAUUGAUCAAUUCAACUCAUUAUUUCCGAGUCCAGCUCCAGACUCGACUCUCGGAAUGGCCCUCCGCAUCACGUAAGGUCUCUUCCCAUCCAAAUGCAGUGUAUGCUUCGAAUUGUCGAAUUUUCUUACUCAUCUCCCACGCCUCCUUUGAUAUUGUCUUGUAGGUUUUCAAAUCGACACAUCUGCUCCCUUCGUCUCUUCCCUUCUUUUGCUCCCAACAUGCGCCAUCAAUAAGAGCUAUUACAUUGUUACUGUUGGUCUUUGACUCUUGAGAUCGUAGAUCUACGUCGAAACACUGCCCUAUACCCGCGUCCCCACGAAUCAUGAGCCAUGGCGACCUCGCCGGGGAUACAACUCCUCCACACGACCUCGACAUCCAGACCUCGAGCACUUCCUCGGAAGACAACACCGCUCAAGAGCCUGUAUCGAUGGAAAAGAUAGCUACGCAACCCAAUGAUGUCGAGGAGCCUUUGGAAGUGCGAAUCGAGCGGCUGGGUCGUGAACGCCCGCCGGCCUUCAAGACCAUGUGGUCUGAGGUGGCCUUUGUCUUCUCGAUUGUCAUGUCGCAGAUCUUGACCGAGUACUUUGUUUCUGGCUUCAACGUCAUUCUGCCCACACUCAUCGUCGACCUGAACAUCCCGCAGUCAUCGAGUGUUUGGCCCGCAACCGCCUUCUCCCUCGUCAUUGCAAGCACUCUGCUUGUGUUUGGCCGGCUUGGUGACAUGUGGGGUGGCUAUCCAGUCUACCUCGGAGGCCUUGCCUGGCUGACAGUGUGGAGCAUCAUCUGCGGAUUCAGCAUCAACCCGCUCAUGAUGGACUUUUGUCGGACACUCCAAGGAUUAGGAGCCGCCGCAUUUCUACCCACGGGCGUGAUGUUGAUGGGAAGUGUCUAUCGGCCUGGUCCUCGGAAGAACUUGGUUUUUGCGCUUUACGGCACCUUCGCGGUAGUGGGCUUUUUCGUCGGCAUCUUCACAGGCGGCAUUGUAGGCCAGUUCAUCCAGUGGGGAUGGUACUUUUGGAUCGGUGCUAUACUGACGGCCAUCACCUUUGCCACAUCGGCAGUCUCUAUUCCCAACGAUCGGCCACAACGUCGCAACAAUGGCAUUACCAUGGACUGGCUGGGGGCGACGACCAUUGUGUCCGGGGUGGUUCUUAUUGUCUUUGCAAUCACCGAAUCGGCCCAUGCCGAGAAAAGGUGGCGGACGCCAUACAUCCCUACUCUCUUCUGUGUCGGCUGUAUCUCGCUUUUGGUGGCGGUGUACAUUGAAGGUUGGGUUGCCAAGAUGCCAUUGUUGCCCAGGGAUAUCUUCCAUGUACCCAACAUGGCCCAGCUUGUCAUUGCCAUGUUCUUCCUGUAUGGAAACGUCGGCAUUUUCCUGUUAUACGGCACGCAGUACUUCCAGAACGUCAUGGGUGCCACCCCUUUACAGGUGGUGGCCUGGUUUACACCGAUGGUUCUCGGCGGCCUUGCUCUGAGUACUGCAGAGGGAUUCAUUCUCCAUCUGGUGCCUGGCCGGCUGCUGUUGAUCAUCUCGGCGCUUGGCGCAAUAGGAUCUCAACUUCUUCUGGCACUGGUCCCAGUUGGUGGUAGCUAUUGGGCAUGGAUUCUCCCGGCCACUUUCUUGGGAACUGUGGGCAUCGAUCUGUCCUACAACCUGAUCACGGUGUUUAUCACCACGCAGCUGCCCAAGGCUAGGCAGGGACUCGCGGGAGGCUUGAUCAAUUCAAUUCUUCAGCUUGGAUUCGCCGUCGUCCUUGGUCUCUGUGACAUUAUACAAUCGUACACAGUCGAAGGAGAGGGACUCCGAAAAAGCUACAAGAACACCUUCUGGAUGGGCAUGGCCACGAGUGUCACGAGUCUUGUGUUGGUCACCAUCUGGGGCAGAGUGCCAAAGGCAAAGAGCGAUCUUACUGCCGAUGAGAAAUUGGAGCUCGCUCGUGAAGCCACCAGGCUGUCCGGCGCGUCUCAUCCAUGAGCCGAGCCACGAACAUGAAUGAAAAUAGAUGCAACGACAUUGCCGCAACUCUGUUUGUUAGUUGUGACUUUGAGCACGGCGUUAAUAGAAGGCUGGAUAUUGGAUAGAGGAACUAAAAGCGGAAAUUGUAUUGGAGUAAUUUUGGAACCGAAAAUGAAGAUGUAAAUCCAAAAAAGUUAUCGACGAUCACCUACUGUGUCUUAUUCCAGCAAAUAUGCAAGACCGA